UUCUGCUGAGAAUGCUAAGAGCAGCCACUGAAGUACGUUACGAGAUACCCAGGCUACCUGAAUGGUUAUCCGCUUCUCCCGCUUCGCCCACUCAUUGUUCUCCUGCAACAUAUCAAUCUGAAUCUUCUGGCUAUCUGGAAUGGACUAUGCGGCGUACUGAGUUUAGCGAUUUUCACCGCGAGGACACAAGAAAGCACGACAGAGUGACGACCUCAUCGACGUCCUGCUUUCACAAAUAUUUGGUGUCAGAUAGCAAGAGCCUCAGCCACAAGGAAGUACGCACUUCUGGUCCUGGUACAACUCUCCGAGCUUCACCAGGACGGUUUCCUAGUGGCAGAGCUCAGCCCUCUUUUCCUCUACAGAGGCAUGACCGCUGACUAGGAUUUCCUUGAUUGUGCCUGAUUCAGCAGUUCCUCCUUCGUCGGCAUAGUGUUGCUUGAGCGGUGUAGAGAGGCUCAGUGGACGGGAGGCACGCGAGGUGACGCGUCAAGAGUAAGGCGCGUGGCAUGCUCCAGCCCCUUGUUUGAACCAGUCCUCCGUAAAUGCCAGCUGCAGAUCCAUUUCCGCUCUCCGUAGAAGUACUGGCGACCUGAGGGCCUCCUCCCUGCUAAGCCCGUUGUUCUUCGUGAGUUGCUAGAGGUGCUUGACAGACUGGUCGCACAAGUAAGCUGCAGGGUGUGGCGGUCAGUCCUAGCACAUGUCAGUAUUAGCAAUAA